GUUAAUUGUUCAAAAAUGUAUGAUUAUUAUAAAAACAAUAACAAAAUCCCACCCUUAACCCUGCCCCUAACCCCAACGUCACAGGAGUCAAGGAAAAUCAUACAAAAUGUAUGAAUGUGGUUGUACAAAUUAAUACGAAUUAGCCACCUUGUAAAAUACAUACGAAUUGCCAUGAGAUAGUGUUGGAGAUGUAUUGUCUAUAGCAUGGGUUCCCAAACUUUUUAUUUUGGUAUAAUCUAGCUUGGAACCAACAAUAUAUUUUUAAAUAAAAAUAUAAGGAAACACAUUUUUCUCUUUUACUACAAAUGAGUAGUUUUUAUUUUCUUGUCAUUUAUUUAAUUAAUGAGAUGUAAGUUUACCAAUAUCAAAGUUUAGCAAUAUGUUGAAUUAUAUCAAAAUUAAUGUCAUUGCUUGUCAUUUGUUGGACUAAACUGUUUAUUGUGUGAUUCACCGCUACUACAGCCAAGCGACUUUGUGCGACCCACUUAAUACCACUGCACAACCUACAUGUGAGUCCCGACCCACAGUUUGAAAACCCCUGGUCUAAAGUAGUUUAAUAAUAAAGUGGACUGAAUAAAUAGCACUUUUCAGUGUGUGGCACCACAUUAAAUUUACCUGAAAUAUGAAGUCAUUAUACUUUACAAUGCAGUUUUUUUUGUGGUGUAUGUUUUACAGUGUAUCUUUAUCACUGAAACAUAAAUUGUACAUAAAACUUAAACUAAUAAAUAGUUAUUCUUUGACUGCAAGCAUUGUGGCAUUCAUCACAGCAGCAUCCCCAUCUCCCUUCAUUAUGGUUAAGUAAAGUUUAUAUUGGCAAUGCACUCUUAGGUUUUAACCUCAAACCAGCAAGUCACUAAAUGUUAGAUGGUGCGAGCAGAUUUGAAAGGGGGACUUGUAAGGUGUGACCAAAUAUGUGUGACUCAGUUCUCUGAAAUUGAUUGCAUCUCAUAGAGGAACUAAGUGUCACAAUCUGCACUGUAUCGUAUCAGCAAACAAAACUGCAGCAGAAAUACAUUUCAAGCUGCAUUUUGAGACUUGCAAUACUUUGUGAGAACAUUCCUGUCCAUUCAGUUAUAACAAAAUGUUUACUGCAAGCUAUGGAGACAUCAUGAAUUCAACUCUAGAAGUCACAGAUGAUCCUGAAUACCCAACCUAUGACUAUGACUCUGUCACUACAAGCCCUCCCAGCGUGUCAGGACCACAAUGCAGGGAAACAAUAUGUGUAAUCACGGUUAUUUUAAAAGUGAUUAUUUUCCUGCUUGGUAUCGUUGGAAAUGGAGCAGUGAUCUGGAUUGCUGGUUUUAAGAUGAAGAAGUCAGUUAACACCACCUGGUACCUGAGCCUGGCCAUAUCUGAUUUCAUUUUCUGCAGUACCCUCCCUAUAACCAUCGUCCAUACAGUUACAAACAAGUGGUCAUUUGGUCUCUUCAUGUGCAAGUUCGUAUCCUUUGUAAUGUUCCUCAACAUGUACAGCAGCAUCUUCAUUCUCGUCAUUAUAAGUGUGGACCGCUGUUUGACCGUCAAGUUUCCUGUAUGGGCCCAAAAUCAUCGAUCUGUAGUCAAGGCUUCGGUUGUAGUUGCACUGACUUGGCUCAUGUCGGUUUCGCUUAGUAUACCACCACUGAAAUUCAGAGAAACUGGUACUGUGGAAUUCAAAGAAACUGGUAUUGUGAAAAAAACCCUGGGAUGUUACAACAAAUACGGGGGACAUCACAAUCACCUAACUGCCGUGUUUCUUCGAUUUUCUUUGGCCUUUUUAAUCCCAUUGCUCAGUAUUUGUUUCUGCUACUCCAUCUUGAUUUGCAAACUAAGGGCAAACCAAUUAUCCAAAUCCAACAAGCCCUACAAGAUCAUGACAAUUUUGAUUGUGACUUUUUUCCUCUGCUGGAUGCCAUUUCAUAUUGUUGCUAUGAUAGAGUUUGGCGCAUCUAAGGGUAGCGAAACCUUUAAGGAAGCCAUUUACUCAGCCCAAAGAAUAACCGCUACUCUUGCCAUCUCAAACAGCUGUCUAAACCCAUUCCUAUAUGCAUUUAUGGCCAAGGAUUUAAAGAAGAAAUGCUAUUCAUUCCUGUCAAAGAUUGAAAGUGCCAUUGAUGAGGAGACCCGAAGCGGUUUCAAAGGAACUUCUAUUACCAGUACUGGGGAUAGACUGUCCACUGCUGUCUGACAAUGUAAACGUUUAUGAGAAUAUGAGACAAAACAGAGCAGCUAUAAAUUGUAUGUAAGCCAAGAUUUUGUAAACAAAAAAUGGAUAAAUUUCUCCAACAAACUCAAAUACUUAGAGUAAAACAUGUCACAACACCAUAACAUCGCCCCCAAACUAGUAAAUCCCAGAUCGAGGACACUCUUGUUUUUUAAAGAUGUACAAAUGUAACAAAAAUCUUGUGACAAACAUUAUAUUUCAUUUGCUUCACUAUCAAGUGCGUGCCAACUUUUUUUAUCGUGUCCCUGUCUAUGAAAUUCAGGGUAAAGACACAGAAGAGAUCAGGGGUGCAUUUCCCAAAAGCAUCGUUAGCCAAUGAACAUCGUAAGUUCAAACAUCGUUCAACGAUUUGGUGUUUCCCAAAGCCAUCGUUCAAACGAACAUUUGCAAACUGCAUCGCUAACUUUUGUUGUUGGAACAACAGCUCUUCACCUGUCGUUAGAAGCAUCGUUCCUUGUUAUUAUCAUAUGUUGAUUAUGCUUUUGAACAAAAUAAGCAAAAAACAUGUAGUACAGUCUAUAUCCAUCAUUCUAAGUAUAUUACAAUUUUAUUUGACGUCUUUAAAUUUGUAAACAGAAUGAAAGCGCUGCAUUUAAAAACUGUGCAUGUGCGCAAUCUACAAGUUUUAAGACCCUGGGGAAUCCCUGGGAGGAGUGACGUAAGAGGGAACUUGCACGUAGAUUAAAUAUCUUGAAAAUAAACAAAAGAUAACUAAAUCACGAUAACAAAAUCAGUCUUCCGAUGCAAUAUAUGUUAAUGACAUUAAAUCGAUUUGCACAGAUUUAUUAAUACUUCACCUCCCACGUGACAUCAUCAACCAUGUUGUUAAACCAUUCAAACGACGAAUGACUAUGCUUUCGGGAAACAGUCUUGACAAGGUAGUUUGUUUCUCCAAUGAUGCAUCGUACUAUGGUCGUUCAGCAACGGGUUACGUUGUUGUUUGGGAAACGCACCCCAGAGCAUCAAAUUUCAAUCAUUGAUUUCACUUUAAUUUCAAUCUUUGACAUGACCUUACCCAGUCAAUAUUAAAUUUUU